AUGGAACCGGAGAAGAAGAAAAGAAAGUUCAAGCCGCCGCCGCACAAGUCGAAGACUGCAGCAUCUUCGGCUGGACCCAAAACGGCAGCAGAGGAAGCAGCAACAAUCAGAAGUGGUUCUGGAGUAGGUAUUAGUAGUAGUAGUAGAGUGGAUCCUUGGAUUGAACAGGGUAAGACCAUGGCAGUGAGCCAGGCUCAGAAAGAUGGGUGCACAGGGAAUUACAGAAUCAUGGAUUCCCCAUUCGGGAACUUCCUCCUACCUGUCCUCCCAACUCGUGCUGAAUUGUUGUCUGGAUGAUUCUUUCUUUCGUUGUUUGUUUUCUCUGUUGUGUUUUCGUGGAUUGGAUCCCACCUUGGUUUUGAAAUCUAGCUGCAGUUCAGAUAAGUCACAAAUCACAAUCAUAGUUUUCUGCCCAGCAUUCUAAUGAAGCUAUUCAGCCUGAUAAAGGUGAGUAAAUUUGUCGUAUCGUCGACCAUAGUUGUGUUAGUGUCACACACC